CUUCAAAUAUUUUAUUUCAACAUCACCUAGAUCCCACAAAAUCACUAAUUCCCCCCAAUUCGUUCCGCCGUUGCAAGAUGCUCAGCCGUCGCAUAUGGCAGAAGAGGGCUUUCAUCUCCGCCCAGACCUUCUUUUCUGCCUCUACUUCUCGCUCUUCCCCUGCGCUCCCCUUUCGCUUCGUCAAACCUAAUGCUCCUUCUUCACCUGUCACUCCCAAUUUCGCACGUGCCAACAGAUAUUGGUUUUCCACUCAACCUGCCCUCGACCUUCCCGCGACCAAGAUUGUGGACGUGCCGUUGGCGCAAACUGGUGAAGGCAUCGCAGAAUGUGAGCUUCUCAAAUGGCAUGUCCAAGAGGGGGAUUAUGUUGAAGACUUUCAACCACUUUGUGAAGUUCAAAGUGAUAAAGCUACCAUAGAAAUUACAAGUCGCUACAAAGGAAAAGUUUCUAACAUUCUCUACGUUCCCGGUGAUAUUGUGAAGGGAGGUCUUCAAAGCAGCAUAGGCGAGUGCAGAGUGAAGAGUAGCGGUGAGAGGUUGGAAAUGGCUUACUCAAACGGGCGGCGCACCUUAGCAUACAGCCUGGCACGAGCACUUUGUUCGUCAUCCAGAAACGCUGCUUCUCCCUCUCGCUGUCGCUUCGCAUUCGCGUUGCUCCCCACCAGACAAAGCACACUCCUCCCUCGCUUCCCGGUUCGGACCAAAUCAUCCGGUUCGGGUUACUCUCCCCUCAACGACCCCUCCCCCAAUUGGAGCAACCGUCCCCCCAAGGAGACCAUUCUUCUCGAUGGCUGCGAUUACGAACACUGGCUCAUCGUCAUGGAGUUCCCCGAUAACCCUAAACCCUCCGACGACCAUAUGGUCAACACUUAUGUCAAAACCCUAGCACAAGUUCUCGGAAGUGAGGAGGAGGCCAAGAAGAAGAUAUACUCUGUUUCCACUUCUACAUAUACAGGUUUCGGCGCCCUCAUUUCCGAAGAGCUUUCUUAUAAGCUCAAAGAGUUACCUGGGGUUCUUUGGGUGCUGCCAGAUUCAUAUCUUGAUGUUCCCAACAAGGAUUAUGGAGGUGAUUUAUUUGUUGAUGGGAAGGUAAUUCCUAGGCCACAGUAUAGAUAUUCGGAGAGACAGCCCAGUAGGAGUAGACCUCGGCCACGCCAUGACCGGCGGCGAGAAACUAUGCAGGUUGAAAGGAGAGAUCAACAGAACUGGAGCCAAGGUCAGGGGGGCAAUAUGCAGCCAUCAACUGCAAUGAAUAGCCAAAACUUGGAUUCCAAUAGAGAAAACUAAGAAAUGUUCAAUAAGAACUCUGCUUUAAAAGUCAUCACCUAUAGAUAACAGAUCCAUGUUUUUCUGAUUUAAGGUUCUGAGGUCAUCUUUUACUUUUUUUUUCUUGUAUGGAAAUUGCUUGUGCCUGCCCUUGAAGGACAUUUGAUAAUAUCAUUUAGAACCUUUAUGAUGAAGUUAUGUAUGUGAUCUGCGGAUGGGAAUGAUUUUCAUUUUAGGCUUUUCCCUAUAUGAUUUAUUAAGCAAUUUGGAUCACUGACUUUUAAAA